AUUUUUGAGACAUGCUUUUAUCUUUUAUACUAAGAAUACUAAGAAAUACGCUUGUUUUUCUUUUGCCAGAAUUCUUUUCAACGUUCUGUAAAUUAUAUUCUCAGUGCACGGGCCCCUUAACAACGAGUGCGCGCGUGCUACGGCAGUUGGUAAUGCUGAAACUUGAUCACACCACAUUUACACCUGGCAACCAAAAUAUUGGUUUCCAAAGAGCGAGUAGGCUACGGUUCAGUCGCAAGAAAACGUGUUCUUUACUUCGUACUCAAAAUGUCUGGUGGUCGUCGAAUGAGCAUUGCGAAGGGGUUUCGCAAGGAUAGCUACGCCGACAGACCUAGAGGAUCAAAUGUUGACGUUGACCCAUAUGACGACGAUGACACAAACCAACUGAAAAGGGGGUCGUCUGUAUGGAAAUCAGGGUUCAAGGGCAAACUUGGCAACACCUACAGAUUGGGACCAAAAGUACAAUUCCUUCCCCAUCUGAUUAGGAAGAAAGGCACUGAGUUGAUGAGUCAAGCUUUCGGCGAAUUGAUCUACGAACACGACAAAUGUCGAAAUGUGGCUGACAAAGUCGCCGCUGAUAUCUUGGCCUUCACCAAAGAGCAGGUGUGCGACCGCUACAGAUACGUUGUCAGGGUGAUUGUGGGGGAAAAGAGAGGCCAGACUGUGAAAAUUGCUAGUCGAGCCCUGUGGGAUGUUGAAAAGGACAAUUUUCUGACUCUGAACUUUGAGAACCAGCACUUGUUCGCUGUUGGCAUGGUUUUUGGCAUUUAUUUAGAGUAGCCUACAUUAGUUCUAGCUCAGCUUUGAACUGUAUUAGUAGACAAAAAGAAAACGUUUCAAGGAUCUAGAUUUGUUGAAGACUAAUAAAAUUUACCGGCUAACCACAUUUUCGCAUGUUAAUUAGGCUACAAUGCUGAGCCCUGAGUGCCAAGGCCAACACCCAUGUCAAAUCACACUAAUCUGUCCGAGCAAUGUACUAGUAUAAACAGUUUAUUUAAAAUAGCAACAUACUAUACAGAUC